AUGUCACCAUCCUCUAUACCGCAUCGCCUCAAUGCUCCUUCCUCUUCAUACCCGACUGCUUCUCCCAAAAGCUCGACUCGAUCUCGUCCAUCCCCAGCGGGUUCACCUCAAUCAGGUCAGCCGGCCAGUCCUCGAGCUUCACCAAGAGCAGGAUCCUCAGGUUCCAUCGAUAUAGAUGCUGUCGUAAGGGCUAACGGAGGAGAUGUGAAGAAGGCUUUAGAAGUUAUGGUGGCCGAGAGGAAUAAUCUCCAAGCGCAGAAUACACAGUUGUGGAAGUUGAUUGAAAAGCAGCGUACACAAUGUGCGACUUUAGCAUCAGAUAAUGAUAGACUACGGCAGGAUAGAGAGAAAGCAAAUGAGAAGCUACAAACUGCUGGAUUGAUACCUGUCUUUGGGAAUAAACCGAUACCAAACAGUUCAAGUGCUGUUGGCUUGGGUCUGAAAGCUGAACAUCCACAGAUAAAGAGACAUUAUUCUGAUCGAGACGAAACUCCAACAAAAGCUUCCAUUCAGAAACAAACGGAUACUUCCGCACCCAGCUCACCGGCCCAGACACAACCUCCCUCUGGACUUUUACCGUCUCCGAUACCUGAUAAGAAGAUGAAUAGAGAGAGCAAGAUGACCUUUCCUCCCGAAGUCAGCACCUUCAUGACACUCGCCGACUCGCCAAGGGAAGAAACGCAUACUAUUCCCGCCAUGCCACCUAGCAAUAGCUUCAACACUCUCAGUCCAGCUUCGCAGUAUUCAGCAAGUUCCAGUGUCAGUCGGAGAGAGGAGAUUGGUGUGGUGCCGCCUCCAUCAUCGAGAGCUUUAGCAGUCUCGACUGAUCAUCCGGAACCACCCAGAUCAAUUGAACAACUUACUGCGAUACCUGAACGACCGCCACCUCGAGUACACGGUGUCAGAACUCCUCAACCAGAUCGGGAAUCUGCAAAAUCACCUGUCCAAUCCAUGCCUGAUACCAUAUCCACUACGAUGUCGUUGGAAGAACCCAUCAGAUCCUCCUUUGAGUCCUCUCAACCUCGUAAAUCACACGACACAACACCUCGACCGUCACUCGAACCUUCUCAGGCUGAAGCGAUCAACUCAAGUACAUCACUCAACGACACUCGUCCUCGUCCUCGCAUGACAUCCGCUCUCUUGUCGUAUUCCCGAAUCACCAUUCCAAGCAGCACCGUCUUUCCAAAUAGCAGCGGAAGAGACGUUCUAUGCUUUAUCGUGGCAGUUACAGCUCGUCCGCCUAACGCUCAGCCUAUUACGUGGAAUGUAGCGAAGCUAUUUAGUGCUUUCUUAGACUUGGAAACUAAGAUCAAAGCGAAAUCGGGUAAAAGAACGAAAGAUUGGAAACAAAUGGUAGCUUCAUUACCUGAAGGACGAGCAUGGAAAGAUUUCGCUCCUAGCAAGAUAGAUCAGAGGAAAGCCGCUUUAGAAACGUACCUUCAAUCGCUUUUGGUAGCUCCCAUAAGCGACAAGUCGGAUCUGUGUCAUUUCUUGAAUAGUGAUCAUGUGAAAGCUAAAGUGGAAAGUGCAAGAAAAGAAGGAUACUUAACGAAGAAGGGUAAAAGCUUUGGUGGUUGGAAAACUAGAUACUUCGUAUUAGAUGGACCGGUGAUGGAGUACUAUGAGUCGCGUGGGGGUGCACAUCUUGGAUCAAUCACUAUCACCAAUGCCCAAAUCGGUAGACAGAACCGUCCAGCAGAGACAACCGACGAAAGGAAUUUUCGACACGCUUUCCUCAUCAUCGAAGCGGCCAAAAGAGGGACGACAAAUCGACACGUCCUUUGCGCUGAAAGUGAUAUGGAAAGAGAUAGCUGGAUUGAAAUGCUGGUACGAUAUGUGGACCCUGAACACUCUCCAGCUACGAUCCCUCAACCACCCGCCCCUCCCUCGUCUUCCUCCUCCACCGGUUCAAAUUUGAUGAGAAAACGCAGUCAGAUUCGGAAAGGCAGCAAGGAUGUGGUCGUUACUGCAGCUCAACCUAUGACGAAUCUCGGUGCAGAUUCGAAAUUCUCAGGUGCACCUUCCCCAAGUAUGAUUAAUUCGAUGGAAUCGCAAAAAGCUAUACACAGUAGUCAAUCGACCUCAUCACAGAAUUCGAACCCAUCUAUAUCCACCCAAUCGUCAGGGAUGCCGCAGACUCCUACGCAGGAACAACGACCUAUCGUCUCUCAAUCUGUUAAGCCAUCGCAUCAUUCUAGUUCGUCACAUGGCAGUGCACCAAUGACGAUGGUUACCAGUCCUUCAUCCGAUAUGUUAUCCUCAUCGCCUCCCACUACCUCCGAUCCUACCCCUCGCGCGAACAAACGACAGAGUAUGAUGCCCGGUCGACCAUCCUAUUCCCCAGCCUAUCUCACCAGUCUAUCAAAUCAAGGUCUAAAUGCACCGCCAGGUCUGAGUGCGGAGAAAGAGCGAGAUCGAAAAGCCAAGAGUAGGGGUUUCUGGGGGUUCGGUAAGACACCUGAAAAAGUGUCUAGACCUGUAUUUGCUGUCCCAUUGACAGACUCUAUCGCUGUUGCCUCUGUGGCCAACCUACCAGCAAUUGUCUUUAGGUGUGUAGAAUGGUUAGAAGCUAAGAAGGCAGAACAAGAAGAAGGGAUCUACCGAUUGAGCGGUAGUUCCGCUGUGAUCAAGGGUUUGAAGGACCGUUUCGAUGCUGAAGGAGAUGUGAAUCUGUUAUCAGUAGAUGAAUUUUGGGAUCCACACGCUAUAGCUGGAUUAUUGAAGACUUUCCUGAGGGAGUUGCCUACCAGUUUGCUUACUAGGGAAUUGCAUGCGAGGUUUUUAGCUGUUAUGGAUCUGAUAGACUCAUCUGCAAGAGUCGUCGAAUUAUCUCGUCUGGUCUCCGAACUACCUCCGCCCAACUACGCACUACUUCGAGCACUCACUGCGCAUCUUAUCCUCAUUGUUCGAAAUGCCACACUCAACAAGAUGACAUUGAGGAAUAUAGGAAUAGUAUUCUCCCCUACUUUGGGCAUACCGGCUGGUAUAUUUUCAGAACUAGUCAGUAACUUCAGUGCGAUAUUCGAUGACGCCCCCUCGGAAGAAUUGGUCGAUGAAGUCAAACCUACAGAAGAAGAGGAUAUGGAGGAGACGAUAAAGAGGAAGAGAAAUAGUAUGCUUUAUCAGGCUGGAGGGGCUGAUGCGAUGUUGGGGCUGACAGGAAGGGCUUUAGAUCCUUCUACAGAAGAUUCAGCUUCUGAAAUAUCAAACGAAGAUAUCGAUUCAGACCUACAUUCCGUCCCCUCGUCCGAUAACUUAUCAAGCUUUUCCAACCCCUCUGCAAAGCUCACACCCAGAGCUCAACAGACUAUACCCUCUUCAGGGGAGAAUUACCCCUCGGCAGCAGCAGUCAGGAAAGCCAAAGCUGCCUCCAGAGCACAGGAGAGAGGACUGGCGGUGGGGACUACCAAUGGAAUCCUACCUGAUUCUGAAUCCGGCUCGGAAUUGGGAAAUAGGACACCUGGAUUACCAGUUAGUCCGAAACCCCAUGUAGAUCCUUCUUUACCUAGUCCAAGGAAAGAACGGGAAGUACAAGUUUCAUAA